AUGGCGCCCAUGAAAUCACCAAAAUCGAACAGUAGUAGUAAUUAUGGCGAGGACGUUGCCCGUCAGGCCAAUAUCCUCGCCAGCUGCUAUGGGCCGAGUGGUAUUCCUGAGGUCCCUUCGACGGGACUUCCAUCGCCGCCAUCAAGCCCCCCCCUCGCGGCCCUCACGUCGACCAACCAGCUCGCGCUGACCCCCAAGGCGAGGUCAUCAUCAGCACGCGGGCACAGCGUCGGUCGUCACGGCUCGGACACUACCAACGACACCUCGAGUAGUGCCUGGCAUCGCCGCCGAGGGGGGGCAACACUGCGCAUCAGGGAAGAAUGUGAGAGAUUCUUUUGCGAGACACUGCGCGCCAUGCUUCUGGGUGAGAGGAACGCGGCGCUGCAGGGCUCGGGCCUGGCCAGUGUUCAUAGCAACAACAAUUAUUACAGCAACGGCAGCUACAACGACAGCAUCAGCAACAACGCUAGCCGGAACGACGGGCGUGCUCAGGCCGUGGGUCACUACGGCCAGCUGACGCCGCCCACCGACUUCCCCAUCAUGGAUGAAACCAUGAUGGGUCGCCGGCGCUUGGGUGCCGCUGGUGGGGUCCUGGGCUGGCUGGAAAUCUGGGACUACGCCGGCGGCGCCAGCUUCCGCGGCUUCGUAGCUGAAGAUUCCACAGGGGAAACCAAGUCGCUAUUCGUCUUCUUCGAUGAACACUCCAUAACUGGCGACUUGAAGCAAGCACUCGUCGCUCUUAUCGAGCUCGCCGAGGGACCGCUUGAUUGCUCGCACAUGGUUAUCUGCAUCGAACGGUCGAUACCCGCGGAGGAAAUAAAUGGAUUGGCCAAGGGCCUCCAGUGGGCUGGCUUCUCGCUCACCACGCUUGACUUCUGGUCGCCCGGGUUCGACGUUCUGAGCAAUCGAUGGCUAUUCAUGGGUAUGGAGAUUUAG